AUGUGCACCGGCCAGCCCGUCCUCUACCACCACAUAGCCCCCUGCACCCGCGCCCCCUCCCACUCGAUAAGCUACACCUACUGCCCCUACGCCGUCCGCGACCCGGCCACCCUGCGCAUCGUCGCCACCUGCCCCAACGUCAUCCACAUCCCCGCCUCCCCUUCCUCCUGGCCGCCGGGUUGCCUCAUCGUCUCCCCCGAGUGCUCCUCGGGCCUCUGCCGCCUCGAGGACCUCGCCGGCGCCUGGGUGUGCUGCCGCUGCAGGCGGAGCGGGAACACGCACGUGUACUGCCUGCAGCCCAAGAGGGGCAGCCCGGAUACGUUUUGCUACCAUCGGGUGUGUCAGGGGUGCACUAGGGCUUUCAUGUCUUGA